UGUAGGUUUGAAGAAUUAAUCUUCCAUGUAUUAUUGAGCCAUCCGGCAAUGAUAUAAAUACAAAAUUACAGAUAAGCUAAGGUUUGUUACAGAUCCUAAUAUUUAGGAUCUAUCUAUUCUUAUCUACACUGCGUGUUAAUCUAAGAGUUAGAGUCCUAAAUCAACUCUACUUCCUAUCUAUACAGUCCCGGAUGUACACAUAAUAAAAUAACAUGAAUAUGCUACAUUUUUCUACACUCCCCCUCAAGUUGGUAAGUAUAUAUCAUACAUUCCCAACUUGCUUAUAAGAAACUCAAACACUGGUUUAAACAGCCCCUUUGUAAAGAUAUCAGCUGUCUUCUCUUUAGUAGAUAUGAAUGGUGUGCAUACAAUUCCAGCUUCAAUCUUCUCUUUGAUAAAAUGCCUGUCCACCUCAAUGUGUUUAGUACGAUCAUGUAGCACAGGAUUGUGAGCAAUAUUAAUGGCUGCUUUAUUGUCACAAUAUAAUUUCAUAGGUAGGUUCAUUUCCAUAUUCAACUCUGUCAUCAUUCUCUUGAUCCAAAGUAGCUCACAGAUUCCAUUAGCCAUAGAUCUAAAUUCAGAUUCUGCACUACUUCUGGCAACAACAUUCUGCUUCUUACUCCUCCAAGUCACCAGAUUCCCCCAUACAUAAGUACAAUAUCCAGAUGUAGACCUUCUAUCAAUUAUUGACCCAGCAUAAUCUGCAUCUGUAAAGGCUUCUACACUUCUAUUGUCACUUCUUUUAAAAAAUAAUCCUUUCCCUGGACAACUUUUCAAAUAUCUUAGGAUCCUGUAGGUAGCAUCUAGAUGUUCUUGGAAUGGAUUAUGCAUGAACUGACUAACCAUACUGACUGCAAAGGCAAUAUCUGGCCUUGUAUGUGCCAGAUAAAUCAACCUUCCCACCAAUCUUUGAUAUUGGUGAAUAUUAACUGGUACUCCUUCCUUGACAUUUCCUAACUUCUGAUUAGGGUCAAUUGGAGUAUCUAUUGGUCUGCAUGCACUCAUACCUGUUUCAUGAAGUAGGUCUAGUACAUACUUCCUUUGGGAUACCACAAUUCCCUUCUUUGAUCUGGCUAUCUCCAUGCCAAGAAAAUACUUCAAUUCUCCCAGGUCUUUGAUUUCAAAUUCCUGAGCAAGCUUCUUCUUCAGGUCUUCAAUCUCUUCACAAUAGUUUCCUGUAAGAAUUAUAUCAUCCACAUAAACAAUUAGUACUGCAAUUUCUCCCUUAAUGGAGAAUUUCAUGAAUAGUGUAUGAUCUGCUUGGGCUUGUUUGAAUCCCUGCUUCUUUAUGAACUGAGUAAACCUUUCAAACCAAGCCCUUGGGGACUGUUUAAGCCCAUAUAAGGCUUUCUCUAGCUUGCACACCUUUGAGCCAUAUUGUUCCUCAAACCCAGGAGGAGGGCUCAUGUAUACUUCCUCUUCAAGCUUCCCAUUUAGGAAAGCAUUCUUCACAUCUAACUGUUGAAGAGGCCAGUCUAGGUUGGAAGCUAGAGAUAGUAGAAUCCUUAUAGUAUUUAAUUUUGCAACUGGUGCAAAAGUUUCUGUAUAAUCUAUGUCAUAGGUUUGUGUGUAUCCUUUGGCAACCAGUCUGGCCUUAUAUCUUUCAAGUGUACCAUCUGCCUUGAAUUUAGGAGUAAACACCCAUUUGCAUCCAACCCUUGGUUUAUUUUUGGGUACCUCUACAGUCUGCCAUGUCUGAUUCUUUUCAAGGGCAUUCAUUUCUUCUAAAACAGCCUUCUUCCACUCAGGUAUAGAUAGGGCUUCCUGUAUGGUUAAGGGAAUAGAGACACUGGAAAGGCUAGAGGUAAAAGCUGCAAAUGAUGUAGAUAACUGAGAAUAGGACAGAUAGUUUGAGAUAGGGUAUUUAACACAUGACCUUUUUUCUUUUCUGAGAGCAAUGGGUAGAUUUAGAUCACUGAAAUUAUUACCUUUGUCAUUUUCUGGCAUUGAGUCAGAUUCAUUGACAGUGGCAGGAUCAGGGAUGUCCUCUAUUCUGUGAUUUGGAACUUUCCUUUCAUAAACCUUGCCAAAAAACUUACUUAUCUGCUGUUCAUCAUCUUUCCUUGUUUCAGAAAAAAGUUUUUCAUUUUCUUUUGACUCUUGACUAUUUUCUAGUGCAUCUAACUGUCUAUUAUACUGUGCAUCUAGAUUAAUGUCAAGAGGUUCUAGUUUUUCAAGGAUAUGUGAUACAUUAUUACCAUCUUCAUUAGGAAUCUCCCCCUGAAGAUGAGUACCAAAAAAAGGUUGAUCUUCUACAAAAACAGUGUUCAUAGUUAUAAACAUCUUUUUUGUUAUAGGGUCAAACCAUUUAUAGCCUUUCUGAGUUGAAGAGAGUCCUAAGAAAACACAUUUUUUUCCCUUAGGGUCAAAUUUACUUGCAGUUCUGUCAGGAUUGGUAAUAAAAACUGUGCACCCAAAAAUUUUUAUGGGAAGAGAGUUAAUUAGUCUAGUUUCAGGAAAACAAGUUUGAAGAGUAUCAAUAGGAGUUUUGAAUCCUAGAGUUUUUGAUGGCAUCCUAUUAAUUAGAAACAGCUUCUCCCCAUAAAUAUUUUGGAAUUUUGGCAGAAAACAUUAUUGCACGAGUAACUUCAAGUAAAUGUCUACUUUUCCUCUCAGCUAUUCCAUUCUGAGCAGGAGUAUUUACACAGGAACUUUGAUGAACAAUCCCUUUUUCAGCAAAAAAAGUAUUUAACUUCUUAGAAAAAUACUCAAGUCCAUUAUCACUUCUCACAAUUUUGAUAUUAGUGUUGAAUUGAGUUUGGAUCAUUGAGUAAAAUUGUUUGAACACCUCUUCAAUCUCAGAUUUUUCUUUAAGUAAAAACACCCAUGUGACCCUUGUGUGAUCAUCUAUGAUAGUUACAAACCACCUUUUUCCUUUCAGAGUUGAAACUCUAGAUGCACCCCAGAUAUCACUGUGUACAAUAGUGAAAGGACUAGUUGGUUUGUAACUAUGAGGGAUGUAAGAACUCCUAUGAUGUUUGGCAAGUGCACACAUAUCACAAUGAAAUGAUGAAGGAUUUUUAUUAAGAAAUAACUUAGGAAACAACAUUUUCAAGUAGGAAAAACUUGGGUGACCUAAUCUAUAGUGCAUUAGGUACACUUCAUCAUUUCAAGGAAAAACAGUUUGCAAACAAGUUUUUUCUUGACCUUGUUUAUUCAAUUGUGUUCCUUCAUCAAAAGUAUAGAGGCCAUCUUCCUCUCUAGCACUGCCAAUCAUCUUCCCUGAUGCCAGAUCCUGAAAAAUGCAAUAAGAGGGAAAAAAUUUUACACAACACUGAAGAUCUUUAGUAAUUUUGCUAAUAGAGAUAAGAUUGCAGGAAAGUUUAGGAACAUGUAAGACUUUGGAAAGGUUAAUGGAUGAGGAAAUUUUAAUAUUUCCCAUCCCUGCUAUGGCUGAGAAAGAGCCAUCUGCAAUUCUAACUUUUUUAUCUCCUGCACAAGGUUGAUAAGAAGAAAAAAACUUUGGAAUAUAGGUCAUGUGGUCUGUUGCACCUGAGUCAAUGACCCAGGUGUUUUUAGUUUUUUCAGAACAAAAAUAUGAUGUUAUUUUACCAUUCUGGGCAAAAGAACAGGUAGGGUUUUCAGGAUUGGAGAUUUUCUGGGUAGGUAUGAAUCUGAGUAGGUACUCUAUCUGUUCCUGAGUGAAUGGUAGCUGUUUAGGUUCAACUCCUGCCUCUUGUUGAGUCUCAGUCACAGUAGUUUGUAGGGCCCUUUCUACUUUCUUCUUCCCAGCUCCUGGUGGUUUUCCAUGGAGUUUCCAGCAUGUAUCCCUUGUGUGCCACAGUUUCUUGCAGUGAUCACACCAAGGUUUUUUCUUGUUGUCAUCACUUCUGGCCACCAAAGCUGAAGAUUCCCCAAGUUCCUCAUUAGGUGCUGGGGUGUUGUACAUGACCUUCUUCCUGCUAUCCUCCAUCCUGAUUUCAGAAAAUACCUCCCUGAUAGAAGGUAGAGGUUUUUUUCCAAGUAUCCUCCCCUUAACUUCAUCUAGGUCCCUAUUGAUCCCUGCUAGAAACAUAUAGACCCUAUCAUUCUCUUCUUUUUUCUUAUGUCUGGCCAGAUCCUUAGCACUCUCCCACUCUUCAUCAUCAUAGCAUUGAUCUAAUUCUUGCCACAGAGAUACCAUUUCAUUGUAGUAUGAAAUAAUAUCCCUAUUUCCUUGUUUAGAUUGCCACAAUUUGGUUUUGAGUUCAAAAAUUUGAGAAGAGUUCUCAAGGUCUGAAUAAGUUUCCUUAAUAGAAUCCCAUACCUCCUUUGCAGUUUUCAUAAACAUAUGAGGUAUGGGAUUCUAUUAAGGAAACUUAUUCAGACUUUGAGAACUCUUCUCAAAUUUUUGAACUCAAAACCAAAUUGUGGCAAUCUAAACAAGGAAAUAGGGAUAUUAUUUCAUACUACAAUGAAAUGGUAUCUCUGUGGCAAGAAUUAGAUCAAUGCUAUGAUGAUGAAGAGUGGGAGAGUGCUAAGGAUCUGGCCAGACAUAAGAAAAAAGAAGAGAAUGAUAGGGUCUAUAUGUUUCUAGCAGGGAUCAAUAGGGACCUAGAUGAAGUUAAGGGGAGGAUACUUGGAAAAAAACCUCUACCUUCUAUCAGGGAGGUAUUUUCUGAAAUCAGGAUGGAGGAUAGCAGGAAGAAGGUCAUGUACAACACCCCAGCACCUAAUGAGGAACCUGGGGAAUCUUCAGCUUUGGUGGCCAGAAGUGAUGACAACAAGAAAAAACCUUGGUGUGAUCACUGCAAGAAACUGUGGCACACAAGGGAUACAUGCUGAAAACUCCAUGGAAAACCACCGGGAGCUGGGAAGAAGAAAGUAGAAAGGGCCCUACAAACUACUGUGACUGAGACUCAACAAGAGGCAGGAGUUGAACCUAAACAGCUACCAUUCACUCAGGAACAGAUAGAGUACCUACUCAGAUUCAUACCUACCCAGAAAAUCUCCAAUCCUGAAAACCCUACCUGUUCUUUUGCCCAGAAUGGUAAAAUAACAUCAUAUUUUUGUUCUGAAAAAACUAAAAACACCUGGGUCAUUGACUCAGGUGCAACAGACCACAUGACCUAUAUUCCAAAGUUUUUUUCUUCUUAUCAACCUUGUGCAGGAGAUAAAAAAGUUAGAAUUGCAGAUGGCUCUUUCUCAGCCAUAGCAGGGAUGGGAAAUAUUAAAAUUUCC